GCGUGUGUAGGGGGGCAGAUAGCCCAGGCGAAUGGUCAAAAUGGCGGCCGCGCAGUUAACGGACGAGGAGCUGGUUUAUGAGCUCAAGCGCUCUGGCGUGAUGCCGGGACCGGUCACAGACAGCACUCGGCCGGUCUACCUGAAGAAACUUAAGAAGCUCCGGGAGGAACAGAGGCCCCGACCGGGAAAAACGCGCCUAACCAACAACAGCCAAGCUGUGGAUGGGCACUCGGAAAGCCUGGGAGCCCGCCCGCUUUCUGGGGACGUGACGCACAGGCGAGGCGGCCGGCACCACCAGCAGGCGGAGGCCGCUAGAACGUCUCCGCUAGUGGGCUUCAGCUCGGAUGAAUCGGAUGUGGACGCCGCCUUGGGGGCACAUGGCGGCCGCCGGGAGAGGAGCAGCACCCCCCAGACAGAGAGGAGCCCGGCCCAGCGGGACUGUAUGGACGAGGUAGACGGGCGGAAGGCGCCUGUCUGGAGGGGGACGUGCAGGCCGCACAGCCCCCAGCUUCGCCACGACACUGGGGAAGGGGCGGCCAAGAGCAGGGCAGUGAACGGCAGCCGUCUCUCCUGCUGCAGGGAUUACUCGGACUCCGACGAGGAGGCUUAUGUGGACGAUGAACUCCCAAGCCGCCGGAGCAGACGGCCUCUGACUAAACCAGCCCGGGGUAACGGCAUGGACCCUCCGGAGGAGCCGGGCAGACCGGCCUGGGACAGGGUGGAGCCUCCGGUGUCUCCCAGGCAUCGGGCAGCCGCCAGGAAAUCUCCAGACGUAGAGACGAGCAAGAGCAACAACCACCUGGGGGCAGCGUACGGCUCCGACGGCCUCUACCUGACCGGCAACAGCGUUCCCAGCAGCCGCCUGUCCCCGGCCAACCACGCCGGCUCCAACCACAGCUACUACCCGCACAGCAGCGGCAAGGAGCGGCCGCACAAGCUGCCCGAGCCCGAGGAGGCGCUGCUGCAGCAGUUCCGGAGCGCCGAGACUUCCCCGAGUGCGGCCUUCAGUGCCCACUACCUGUCCAUGAUCCUGCUCACUGCCGCCUGCCUCUUCUUCCUGCUGCUCGGACUCACCUACCUAGGCAUGAGAGGCACCAGCCUGACUGGAGAGGGGAGCAUAAGAAGUCCUGAUGAUCUUCCUGGUGAUACAGCUGAGAAAAAUCUCCUGAUGAAUACACUGCAUAAACUGCAUGAUAAGUUGGCGAAAAAAGCAGGAGAUCACAUAUGCGGUGAUGCUGACUACAGUCAUAUUUCCGUCCAGGAGGCAACAGAGUAUUUACAGGGUUUUGGUCCAGAAUAUGUUAGUGAGCUGAGCAAUUCUUUAAAAUGGAUUUUACAUUCUGGAAAAGAUGUUGGAAUCAGGUGCUUUGGAGAUGUGGAAGAUGCUGAGUUAAAUAUAACUGAUGUGAAAUAUUUGGAAUCCACACGACCACAAAUGUCCUUUGUAUGUCGUAUCCGCCGCGCCAUUGUGACUGUAGCUUACAGAUUAUCACUCUUGCUUCUAGGUGUUGCCGUGGUAUUUGGAGUGCUUCAGUAUAUGCGAUACCGCUGGAAAAAAGAAGAGGAGGAAACUAAACAAAUGUAUGACCUCGUGGUGAAAAUUAUAGAUGUUUUAAAAAGUCAUAACGAAGCUUGUCAAGAAAACAAAGAACUAGAGCCAUAUACACCAAUUCCCCAUGUGAGAGAUUCCUUGAUCCCUCCGUCUGACAGAAAAAAAAUGAAGAAAGUUUGGGAAAGAGCAGUUGAAUUCCUGGCUGCAAAUGAAUCUCGUGUACGUACUGAAGGAAAGAAAAUUAGAGGAGCAGACUUCCUUGUAUGGAAAUGGACUCAGCCUUCAACAUGUGAAAAACCUUCAGUCAUCCCAUCCAAAGUGUGGCAAGGGCAAGCCUUCCAUUUGGAUAAAAGAAAUUCCCCUCCAAACAGCCUCACGCCUUGUUUAAAGAUCCGUAACAUGUUUGAUCCAGUGAUGGAAAUUGGAGAUCAUUGGCAUUUGGCAAUUCAAGAAGCUAUUCUGGAGAAAUGCAGUGAUAAUGAAGGGAUUGUUCACAUUGCGGUUGAUAAGAAUUCCCGGGAGGGUUGUGUGUAUGUCAAAUGUCUAUCACCAGAUUAUGCAGGGAAGGCAUUUAAGUCGCUGCAUGGAUCUUGGUUUGACGGAAAGCUGGUGACUGUGAAAUAUUUGCGAUUAGACAGAUAUCAUCAUCGUUUUCCUCAGGCUCUCACAUGCAACACUCCUUUGAAGCCUUUAAACAAACAAAUGAACUCUUUGUCGCAGUUAAAUCUACGAACAGGCACAUCUCACGCGUCAUGAGACUGUUGUCCUAAUGACUGUUCUAUUUGCAGCAGGGGUGGGGGUCCUGACUUGCACCGGUCUUCCCUUUAAUUUUUGUCUUUUGAGUUUUCCCCAUCUUCAUCAGUAUAUCAACAUUUCCAGUGAGCACCGGCUGUUCGGUCUUGUGGUAAAUCAUCAUCGAAAGGACGUUGCAAGAAAAUACUGGUUUACAUGACAUCUUGUAUUGGAGGACAGCAGCGUUUUUUGUUUUUGUUUUUUUACCAAUUUGAGAUGAUGAUCAUGGCUUGUUUGUGAACCAUAUGACUGUUUUCUUGAAUUGAAACGUGGAAGAUAAUUUAUUGAAUUCCUAUGGGAUCCUGCACACUAUUUUGUCAUAUACAUCUAUACUCUUAAUAGUAAAUUGUACAUUUUUGAGGUUAACUCUAUGACUUCUGCUGCUGUAGAUAGUGAUUUUUGUUACAGCUGAAGUACAGGGAAUAUCUGGCUUGGGAAUUAUGUAAGACAUGUACUUUGCCUUUUGUAUUUAAGUGUAAUUGAUGGUGGUGGCGGCAAAAGUCUUGUGCAAAUGUCUGCUUACAAGCAGUAAAUAAGCUUCCUAUUUUAUUCAUAACAUAAUGUUAUUUUAUAUAAUAAAUUGGCUGCACCAUCUCAUAAAGGUCAAACAGCCAGUUACCUUUAAAAGUAUUAGAUACAAAUUUAAAUAUCUUUUAUAGGUUUUAUAUGAAAUGUCUGACUCUGUUUCAUGUGAGGUCUGAUACCAAUUGUAAAGACUGAAAUUAUUGUGAGCAAUAAAUACACAAUUGGCAGAUGCUGGACAAUU